AUGCAUUGCAUCAUUGCUUGGACCUCUGAAUUUCCAAUUGGACAUCCUCUGGAAGACUGUUCAACAGUCCAGUGGUGUGAGGAAAACAGAACCUCUGGAACCGAGUCGUUCGACAGCGAGACUUAUUGGCUGGCAUAUUGGUGGUGCAGAAAGGUUAAGAUAGGAUGCUCAGAUGAAGAGAAAGAUCACUUUUGGUCAGACUUAGAGGAGGAAAUGGAAAAGGUACCAGCAGAUGAAAGAUGCCUUGUCAGCGGAGAUCUGAAUGGGCACGUAGGCCAGAAUAACCAUGUGAUCAGCAGUAUACAUGAAGAAAUAACACAUGAAAUUGAAGAAUUUGAUGAAUGGUGGAACAGAACGAUGGAAAUAAAGCUGAGGGUUGCUAGAGAAAUAUUGGGUGAGAGUAAUGGUAUGAUCUUCGAAAAUAAGGAAACGUGGUGGUUCAGUGAAGAAGCGGAGGAUGCAACAAAACAAAAGAGAGAAGCAAAGAAAAGGUUGGAAGGAACCCAGAUGGAAGAGGGCUGGAUGGUCUAUAAGGAAGCAAAUAAAUUAGCAAAGAAAACUGUAGCAAUUGCUAAUGGGAGUGCAUAUGAUCAGUUUUACCAAGAGCUAGAUACCAAGGAAGGGCAAGGAAAGAACUUUAAACUAGCACAAAAGAGAAAUAAAAGUACUAAGGAUAUAACACACAUAAGACAGAUUAAGGAUAAGGAUGGAAAUAGGAGAUGGGCAGUCAAUUGUGGACCAGUCACAGAGAUGAUAAAAGCUGAGUUUGGAGUGGUACCGGGAAAGAUGAAAAAUAGUGAAGCGGUGGGACCGGAUGGCAUACCUGCAGAAGCUUGGACGGCUCUUGAUGAGGAAAGAAUGAACAUAGUGGCAGUUAAUGAAAAAGAUUAUGGAAAGUGA